GCUGCUCAGGCUCACUGCCGGGCAGCGGCGGCUGCCUGCGCUCUCCGCUUCUAGGUCUCCGCCGGCGGAUCCUCUCCUGGUGUCUGGAUUCCCGGGCCCUGCUAAACAUUUACCAUUUUGGAGUUUAAAGGAUGACAUCAUGGCAAAAUUUCGAAGAAAGACUUGCUUCAUUUUGUCACUUUUUAUUCUACUCUUUUUCUCUCUGAUGAUGGGCUUAAAAAUGCUGAGACCAAAUCAAGCAGCCUUUGGAGAUCCUUUUGGACUUGACCUUCUUCCAGAAAUUCGGCAACAAACUCAUUUGACGAAAGUUUUUGAUUCCCAAAAGAGUGACAAAAUCAACAGUGAAACCAACAUCAAGAACUUAAAAACUGAGGAAAGCACUGUGAAAGCUUCCGUAGCCUCUGAACCUCGUCCAGAAGAACUGCCGCCUCUGAACUAUUAUUUACAUGUAUUUUAUUACAGCUGGUAUGGAAAUCCACAAUUCGAUGGUAAAUACAUACAUUGGGACCAUCCCGUUCUCUCACACUGGGACCCUGGGAUCACCAAGAAAUACCCCAAAGGGAAGCACAAGCCCCCUGAUGACAUCGGCUCCAGGUUUUAUCCUGAGCUGGGAAGUUACAGCUCUCGGGAUCCCUCUGUCAUUGAAACUCACAUGAAACAAAUGUACUCAGCUUCAAUUGGAGUUCAUCGCCACCAUGUUGCUGAUGUCACUUCCUAUUAUACUUCUCAUUAUUAGACAAAGAAUAACUGGACUUAUUGUAAAAAUUGUGAGCACAGAACACGAUUUUGGUCCAUGGACUUUUCCUGCUGACACUGGCGUCUUUUGAAUUGAAGAAUAUAGUGAAAACUAUUUAAAUUGCUAUAUGAAUGUGCUUUAACUUGUUUAAAAUUCAUAUUUUUCCUUUGAUAUAAAUGGCCUUGUUUUUCCUUUUAUUGAAAUUGCUGUGUGAAAUAAUUAUACUUUUGUAUCACCCAGUGCAAGCUGGUUAAUUAUUUGUUCUACAAUUAAAGUGUUAUGUGUUUUAAA